AUGACCGCCGCACUGGGCUUGUACCAAGAGUUGAAAUUGCCUCUUCCGUGGAGUCCAGCGGACAAGCCAACGCCGUUAGUGGUGUAUGGUGGUGCGACAGCAGUCGGUGCCUUUGCAAUCAAGUUUGCCCAGCUGUCGAACAUCCACCCGAUCAUUGCGGUGGCAGGAAAAGGUGCACCAUUUGUUGAAACUCUCAUCAGCAGAGAAAAGGGCGACACGAUCGUCGAUUACCGCGAAGGCGAUGAUGCCGUGCGCUCCAAGAUCAAAGCCGCUGCCCAAGGGCCCGUCCACCACGCUUACGACGCGGUCUCGGAGAAGGGAAGCUAUGUGAACCUUGGCGCGGCUCUGGAUGCUCCUGGUCGCAUCACCGUUGUCCUACCCGCCGAGGAUCAAGUUCCCGAGGGUAUCUCGAUCCACCGCACUAUGGUCGGAACGGUGCAUAUGCCGCCUGCCGAAGGCCAAAAGUUGGGAGACAAGGAGUUCGGAGCUGCCUUCUUCCAGUUCAUCGGAAGGGGACUGGCACAGGGCUGGUUCUCGGGACACCCGUCAGAAGUGAGGAAGGGGGGACUUGGAGGUCUAGAGGGAGCUUUGAAAGACCUGGAAGCCGGAAAAGCAUCGGCAGUGAAGUAUGUGGUGCGCAUCGCAGACACCGAAGGAGCUCAGUAG